GUUAAUUAUUAUCUUGGUGCUUCUUUGUUCUUGCUUACUCAUAUCCUUUGCUCAGUGUACAUGGUUUGGAUACGUCCUUUUGAAACAGUAAGUAACAACAUAAUCGAGUGAAUGAAUCAACUGACAUACACCUUCCUAAUCACUCCCUUCUUCUUCAUGACAACCAAGGAAGACUGGACAGCUGCAGUACAAGACACAUACAUAUAUCUUCUCUUGAUGCCUUCCAUUAUUGCUUCUGUUAUCAACAUGUAUAACCUCAAAAGAGUUAUUAUGUGUUGUAAGAAUAAGAAGAAAGAGACCAAAGUUAGGCCUUACGAGCCUCCUAAUCAUAUUGCUAACAAAGAAAUUCCAGAGGAAGUCAAAGAGCAAGUGAACCUCGAGAAAAUUGAAGAAGUGUCUGCAAACAUCAAAAUUAAACCACUAAAUUCCUUCUCUUCCGAUCACAAAGUGUUUGAAAACUAUGAUCCACAAAAUAAUCCUCCAAGUGACAAGGUUGCUGAAUAAAAAUGCUUUCUCAUUGCUAUAACUCUAAUUCCUAAAAAUCCCAUUUA